CCUCCUGACAGUCCAGCAGUCCAUGAAAGAAUCCUUGCUGUUUUGAUGGAUUCUUUCAUGCCUGAUGCAGUUCCAGGCAACUGGUCAGUUGCAGCCACAAGGGUGGAACACAUUUGGUCCUGUGACACCAGCAGCUCCACCACCAGAACCGAUCACUAGACCAGUGUCUGUGCCGAGACAUGCAAGCACGUAUUGGCCAGUCUUGGCGAUUGUGGCAGCAUACUUUGUAGUGUAUGCCCUUCUCAGACUACGACUGCGAGAAGGGAGCCCGGAGCGACAAUUGGCUGACCGAUGGCUGUGGUGCUGGCCAAGUCUAUACUCGGGCCAGGCUUGCUGCAUUUACAAUCUGAUUUUCAGCCCCAUCAUUCUGGUCAUCCAUGCGUUCAGGAUUUACAUUCCGAGCUGCCUCUACAUAUACUGCUGGCGCAUGUACUGGCUUCUGGGUGGGUGCUGCUCUGAAUUCUUUGAAGACAAGGAGUUUCCGCCAUGUGACAAGUCCCUGGGCAAGGUGGGUGGCGACAGUGCGAAUGCCACGUCUGGCAAAAAGGAUUCCAACAUUGUGUGGGUUCGAGCCAUGCACUUCAGCAGGCGGGACGGCCCCAAGCCAUCACAUCCCACACUUGGAGACUCUUUUAUGUGCCUGUUCGAGGGCAAAAUUGAGGCACAAGACAUCUUGCAGGGCGCUUUGGGCGACUGCUGGCUGUUAGCUGCCAUGGCCACCCUAGCGGAGCAUGAAGGUGCCAUCAACUCCCUCUUCACAGAGUGCUGCGUUCAACCAGCUGGCAAGUACAGCGUGAAGCUCUUCGACCCACAAGAGAAGGUUUGGAAGGUGAUUACGCUUGAUGACUUUGUGCCUUGCAUAGCCGACCCGAGAGAUCAACCAGACGGCGCAGCACGGAAUGCUGAUGGCAUGCCAAAGGCCAUGUACGCGAAGCCGCAUGGCAAAGAGAUAUGGGUGAUGCUGAUGGAGAAGGCCUUCGCCAAGCUCUGCAGCAGCUAUGCAGCGACUGAGGCUGGAAUCACUGAGUGGGCAAUCUCUGCCAUGACCGGUGGCAAUGCCUGGCGCUACGAGCGCCAGGGCUCAACCUGGGAGCGGCUGGACCUUGUCACCCAAAAAUCCAAGGACAAACGGGCUUGCGCCUUCAAGCCAAAUGAUGAGAAACACACCGAUGAGGACUUUUUUAAGCUACUCCGGCAGUAUCAUCGGCAAGGGGCUGUUUUAUGCUGUGGCGGUGUGCAAGAUGCCGGAAAGAAGCUAGGCUUUCACGUGCAGAUGGUCUUGUUCCCAAGCACGCCUUCUCCUUGCUCCAGGUUCGGACAGUCAAUUUGAGCUGGCACUCGGAUGAGUACUUGCGCAUGGUUCAGAUUCGAAACCCGUGGGGAACAGGCGAGUGGAAAGGUCCGUGGUGCGAUGGGUCAUCCCUGUGGGAGAAGUAUCCGCAUGUGAAGUCCGCCUUGGGAUUUGCAAACAGUGAUGAUGGGACAUAUUGGAUGCAGUGGGAAGACUUCUGUCAGCUUUGGGGGUACGUGGGCUGUGUUGACUGCAGCAGUAACAUCUUUUCCUUGAGGCCGCCACUUCUGCCAGAAGCCAAUUUGGCCAGCCCUAUCAAGGCAUGCAUGCUUGGCUGUUUGCGCUUUUGGUGCCUAUGUCAAGGUCCACGCCACCUUUUCCUUUCCCACGAGGCUUCAGAUGAGCACAUUGCGAGCCAAGUCUAUCAGCGGAGCUUUGGUUGUGACCCUCGUGGAGCCUACUGCAGACUUUGUGAACGAGACAUGGUGCACAUUGAUGGUGAUGAGCUCAUCCAAAACGGGUGAGCGCUGCGCCUCGCUGCUCUCAGCGUCCAAAGAGCGUACU